AUGCAAAGCCAGGACUCCGUGUACCACUAUCCAGCAUCGUUUGUCAUCGUUUUGGGUUUCCAUCAUUCAUGGCUGGGUAUUACAGUGUCUACGGAGGUUCUGUCCCGGGAGGGUAAUGACGAAAGUGCUCUCAUUCUGGUGAGAAACCAGGAGAAGACGAAAAGAAGUGAAGCUAUCGUCAGGACACGACUGCACUGUCUUACCCAAGCCAAGGUAGUAGACACUGAUAAAUCGGCAACUGGGCAUCAACAAAAGACAAAGGACGGGCAGACGGUGCCUUGCAGGAAUGUUAAAGCCGGGGCAGGGGACCCCGGAAAUUGCCCAAAUAGGAAACAUCAGAACAAGACCUGCAGAAUGGAUGUCUGUGCUCUUGAUGAAUAUGGCAUUACGUCAAGCGUCGAUCCGGAGAGCAAAAACAAAUAUGGUAGGAAGAAUCCUCAUGGAAGGCUGCCUGGAUUAGGAGAUACCUACUAA